AGCUCCCGUUGGGAAGGGAGAGGAGAGAAAGAGAGAAGGAGUGACAGGAAGAAGGAGAGGGAGAGAGACGGGUACGAAGCACCGGUGGAGGAGGCGUUAUAUACCGGCUGGAUCCUCGUUCGACCGUCAGUUUCUCGUCCGAACUCGCGGAAUCGACACCGCGAGCAGCACAAACACUCGCAGCUGUCAAAAGAUCGCGAUCACCUGAGCCGGGAAAGAAGUUUGCGCGAAGACGAAUAAGAGAUCCGUCCGUUCGGACUCGUGCUCUGCGCUCGCGUUUUCCUCCGCACCCUGGAAGAGGGAUAACCCUUAAUAGGGAGGGCUGGCCGCGCUACGGGGUCGUUCAGAGGCACCUUCUUCGUGGAACUGUCCUAGGUCGGGUUAGGUCCUGGGGGAUUGCCAUGGCCACCUACGCGGCGUACAGACACGUCGAGCUCGACAAUGUCGGAUACGGGAAGAAAAGGGUGUUGAAACCGCCCGGUGGCGGCAGCAGCGAUAUAUUCGGCGCGGCCCCGGAAGAGACGAGCCCGCGGCGCAUCAAGUCCCACAAUCAGUCCCAGUUGGGCUCGGCCCUCUUCGGCGACAUCAACGGCACCGACCGCACCGACAACGCGAAUGCUGCCGUGUCGCCGCGCAGCAACAAGCCCGGUAAUGAUUCAUACAAACGCCUGUUUGGCCCCCCUGAUGCCCCACCCACCCCAAACGCGAGAAAUCACAUGCGCAGCAAUAUUCCCCUCAGCGGGGGAUCGUCGAUCUCGUCGUUAUCGUCAGCGACAUCGCCUGCGAAGAGCACGGCCAGCAGCAACUCGAUGUCGCGCAUCAUAGCCAACGGCUAUGCCAGCAACGGCAGCAACUCUUCCAAUGAUAUGACAGCUUUUAGGAGAAACAAAAGAUUUCGAGGAUUGCCGGCGCGCAACCCGGUCACCGGAGAUGGAAUCGAGGUGACGCCCGUGAGGCGCAUCCCACGAAAGUAUCGAGAUGGCAACCCGGUAACCGGAAUCGGCUACGCGUCCGAGGCACAGAAGAACGGACCGGCCAUGCAGAACGGAAUCGCCAGCUCGAAUUCCAGCAGCAGCGGUGAGAAGUCGCACGACACAUCGCCGGCAGCGGCGAAGCCGCCGGCGCGCACCCGCGUUCCACCUGGUGGCUAUUCAUCCGGACUCUGGUAAAGGGCGACGUCGCCAUCGGGGUCGUCGCGUCUCCCUCCCCUCUCCGGAGGAGGACACCCCGAUUAAUUCUCACGGCCCUGUACUCUUAACCCAUUAAAGCCCGCAAUUCACCUAGAGCCUUCUAAUCGUCGUCCGUAGAGCGUUCCGAGCGGAAGUCUAUUUUGCCACCGUAUACCUGCAACGACGGAUAAUAUCUUUUCUAUGAUUUUUCUAGAGAUAACGUACCGAGAGGCGAGAUAAUAAAUCGUGGGCUUUAGUGGAUUAACGUUACACGUCAUUCUCUUUCGCUUUGUACUAAUUCAAAUAUACAGAAAUACACAGAAAGGAGUAAGAAUAAACGUCUUUAGGCCUCUUAAUUCUCGGAUGAUGAAUAACUCUUUUGGCCUUCGGAGAGAUCAACCGUUAUCAAAUUACAAUUGAUUUCGGAUGUAAUACGUGUUGAUAAUCAAUCGCUUUUUUCAAACAAAGAUAUUCAGCGAUGUCCGUUGUUUAUUGUCAGGGUCGAAGGGGUUCAACAACAGAACGGACGAAAGUAAUAAUAAAAUCGUGGAUCCCCCAAAUAUUCCGCAACACAGAAACGAGUGGUGAGUCGCGUUCGAUCAAUAACGAUAAAGACCGUGUGUUUAAAUUUAUCGAGAUUAGAAAUUUAUUUCACAUAAGAUUAAUUACGUCGAAUGAGAAAUAAAAUUAGAAAAUAAAGACAGAAAUGUCUCCAGAUAUUUAAGCAUCUGCAGAUUUCUUCAGCAAAGACGGGAGCGCGCGCAAGGGUGAACAGAUAUCCCGGGUUCUUCGAGCAUAAAUUACCAAUCCUUCAAUUAGCAACUUUAGCACAGGCUUUAUCGCGUAACUGUAUAAAGGUAGUUAAAGCGAUCAUCGCGCGUAAAGUGUACUCUUUCGCGGCUGGAACGUUGCGCCGGUCGGCGAACGAUUCGCAAGUCGUAAAUCACUUCGCUAGGAAGCGUGAUUUCCUAUCGGCAACGAUUUACAUAUAAUGAAUCAUAUGAACAAGCGGGGAAGAGCACGUAGCUCUCUUGAUGGAAGUGAAAGCAUUUGUUUUAGAAUAGAAAAAGCAUACGGUAAGGUAAUAUCUCUGCAGAUAUACUCGUAUGGGCCGUAGAGACUCGCGAUCCAACAGUCUAGGAUAAACGAUAAACCUGAAGAAAAAAAAUUUCGCAUCUUGAAAUGCUUGUUGAUAAACGCUUCUUCGUCGUCUUUGCUGCAUUAAUCAAUAAACCAAUCUUAAAAGUAUGAUAUAAAAAGUUUAUUAUGCAUUUUCUGUGCAGCGUUUUAUGAUAUUCGAUUCGUUGAUAUUUGUCAACUUAAGAGCUCCGAUAUUUUCGUCCAUAUUUUUCGAAGUGCUUGGCUUCGAUAAGUAGGUUGCUCGUUUUAUUCAUGCGACCCGAGUGAUCUGUUUCGUUACUGUCGACCAAUUGCGGCAUUUUGCUCGUUCCAGUGUUGCACGUCAAUCCGUUUAAUUGAAGAAUCCGCUCUCACCUCGAGGUGAAGGGCAAUAAUACGUAUGUUCACGUACACGCGUACAAAAGCGUACCAAGAUUGUUAAGACCUACGAUCUUUAGUAUACUAAGUAUACAACGCGGCGUUGAUUAGGAGCGAGAACAGAAAAAAAAGUCAUUGCACCAAUCAAUCCUGCCAAGCGUCGAAGAGAUAUAUCGAUUAAAAAAAAAAGCGUCAGAAUAACACGUAAUUAAUAGAACAAUUAACACUUUGAAUGGAGUAACCGUUGAUUCGUGGUACUGUUGAAAAAAGAAGGGGGAUGAAGAAUUCAAGUCACGAACGACUGGAACGUGAGAGGAAUGGACUGAAAAGUAGCAGCGCGUUUGACAAUGAAAUUCAAACGAGAUGGUGACCUCGGAAUUGUACAUUAGAAGUAGGCAUGUGUUAUUUCGAGAAAUAAAAGUGUAUCAUGUAUAACCCAUUAAAACCAAGUUUCAAGUGC